AAGAACAGCCUGUUAUUCGAAGAACGUGAAAAAUGGCUGAAAGUGUAAAGGUAGCGGUGCGGGUUCGCCCAUUCAAUUCAAGAGAAACCAGCAGAAAUGCCAAGCUUAUCAUUGAAAUGUCGGGGAAAACCACAGAGAUCAUGGACCCCGAAAACAUGUCUGCCGAACCUCGACGUUUUGCGUUUGAUUACUCCUACUGGUCACAUGAUCAGUUCAAUGAGAACAGCGAAGGCUAUUUAGAACCAUCUGGAGGCAAAUAUGCAGAUCAGAGAGUUGUGUUUGACGACCUUGGCCGGGGAGUGCUGGACAACGCCUGGAAGGGGUAUAACUGUUCACUGUUUGCGUACGGCCAGACUGGAAGUGGCAAGUCCUACUCCAUGGUGGGCUAUGGCAGCAACAAGGGGAUUGUUCCGAUUUUCUGUGACGAACUGUUCAAGGCAGUGGAGAGCAAACGAUUGAGUGCUGGAGCUGAUGAGGAAUACCAGGUUACCUUGGGCAUGUUGGAGAUCUAUAAUGAACAAGUACGUGACUUACUCAACCCUAAAACGAUUAGCCAGAAAGGAGGGCUGAAGGUACGACAGGACCCUAAAAAGGGUUUCUAUGUUGAACAGCUGACAUCUUGCCCAGUAAACAGUUACAAAGAGAUAGACAACAAGAUUAAUGAAGGCACUCGUAACAGGACUGUGGCUUCCACCAACAUGAAUGCCACCAGCAGUCGAGCCCAUACCAUUGUGGCCAUCACUUUCACUCAGAAGACCCCCAAUGAGACUGGACAGAGCAUGACAAGGACCGCUGUAGUCAAUCUUGUAGAUCUGGCAGGGAGUGAGAGGGCUGACUCGACUGGGGCUACAGGCGACAGACUUAAGGAAGGCUCCGCCAUUAACCAGUCUCUCAGUUCCCUUGGUAACGUUAUCAAGGCUCUGGCUGAUCUAUCAACUGGGAAGAAGAAAACUGUCGUGCCGUACCGUGACUCGGUGCUGACCAAACUAUUACAGAAUGCCCUGGGAGGCAACAGUAAAACCAUCAUGUGAUGGAGAUGUUGAAAAAAGGCGGGCUGUCUCCUGAGAUGGCAGCAGCUUUGAUAGCUGGAGGAGGAGUAGGCGGAGGAGGAGGUGGAGAUAGUGGUGGUUCAUCUAAUUCAGAUGAGGAGGUUGACGAGAUGAAGAAACAGUUGGAGGAGCAGGUGAGGAAGAACCAGGAGGAGAUGGAGAACAUGAAAAAGACUUGGGAGGAGAGAAUGCAGGAGAACAAAGGCAGCAUAUCGGCCAACAUGGAGGAAGACAACAAAAGACAGGAAGACAGGAAGGUAAUACCUCACUUCUGGAAUCUAAAUGAGGAUGCCGCCCUCACAGCCAUGGUUGUUCAUUUCGUUAAUGAAGGAACAUCCAAGUUGGGAAACAAGAAGGCGAACCCACCAGCGGAGAUCACAUUGUCCGGGUUAAGUAUACUGCCUGCCCAUGCUGUUGUCACCAAUAAGAACAGCAAUAUAUCAAUCAAACCACUGGAAAAAGCCAAAAUUCUUGUGAAUGGUCAGAGAAUUAUCAAGGAUACUCAGCUCCAUCACAAUGACAGAUUACUUUUUGGUGCCAACAACAUGUAUGUGUUUCACCAUCCUCAAGAUGAAGCUAAAAGCAUGAAAGAGGGCAAGAAAACUGAAACACCUACAUUUGAUUCAGCCCAGGAGGAGAUAGCUCAGAAAGCUGGUCUAAUGAACACUGAGGGGAAAUCUGCAGAGGAUAUGAUUCUACAGGAGGAGGUGGUCCAAAUGUUACAGCUGGUCAAUGAGGCUAAUGCUAUGUCCGAGGAAUUGGAAAAGAAGGUCAAGUUUGAGGUCGCCCUCGUUUCACCUCAGGCACGUGGCCUUAAGGAUGGUCGUACAGCGGUGAUGGUAAAAAUGAUCAAUCAGGUAAAUGGUAAUGAGUGGAUGUGGGACAAAAACAAGGCAAUCAACCGGAAGUCCCUCAUGCAGGAGAUCUACCAGGAUUUCGUGUCCGGGGAGGAGAACUGGGACGUCCCAAAGGAACGAGAUCCAUUUUGGGAACCUGCUGAUCAAGAAAUAUUGAUAGGAACUGCCCAUGUUCAUCUCAUGUCUCUGGCACAUGCUUUAGAUAUUGAAGAGACACUGGUCAUUACAGACUAUAAGGGCAAGGGAAUGGGUCAUGUGAGUGUUAAAUGUCUACCAUGUACAAGUGAUUACGAAAAAUUGGAUGAGGACUAUUUCAUUGAUGAUCCUGCUGACCUGAUCGGAAAAGAUUUCUACUUCAUUUUCAAGAUUGAAAACUGCAGAGGACUCCCCGCAAAUAUAGCAAAGAGUUGCUGUAAAUACAAACAGUAUACUGAUGACAAGUUAACAGAGACAAAUGAGGUUGAUAGUAUGAAUCCAGAAUUCAAAUUUGAAAAGAGGCACAAACAGACACCAGUCACGGAGCAAUACGUCUCCUAUUUAAAAGAAGGCUCCAUUGUGAUAGAGGUGUGGGGAAGACAAAAGGGCGACUCCCAGGGAGGUGCUCCCUCAAAAGGACCUGCAGCCAAAUCUGCAGCUAAGCCUGCAGCCAAGCCUGCUGCCAAUAAUACACAGAAAAAAGCGGACAACAAGGCAUCUGUGAAUGACAACAAAAGUAAACCCACCCCAGCUCCAGCACCAGUUGUAAAACAGGACCCAAAGAUGGCAGCUGAGUUAGACAAUUACCAAAAACGUACUACUGAAGCAGAGGGCAAACUGGGAAGUAUUCAAGAUCAGAUAGCUGCAAAACGCAAGAAAGGUGAAACAACUAUAACAAUUGAAGAACUGGAAGCCAUGUUGGGUGGAGGUGGAAAUGUAAACCAUACUAGAAAUGAGAACCUGGGUGAAAAUACCUCAAAAGCCUGUGUUAUCCAAUAGGAAUCUUGUGAACAAUAUCCUCUAAUCAAAUUAGUAAAAUAAACAACUUAAGGGUUAUGGUCUUAGAAAAUAGGACUUAUACAGGCAUUCGUUGUAUAAUAAAAUAAUAUCAAUCUGCUGAAUCAUAUGCUCCAAUAACAAUUUUCACUGCCUAGUCAGUUGAAAAUUACUAUUUCUAUUACAUGGUGUCUCUCAUUGACUAAUUCAACAUAAAAGCAAAGUCCACUUUUCAUAAAAAAUUUUGGAACUAAUUAACUGAACAUCUGUACAGUAAUUAUAUGAUAAAAUUAACAAAUAUGCAAUGGAUACAUUAAUCAGAUUUGUAUAACUUGUUAACAAGGUUGUGAACUGUUCAUUGUUGUCAUUUAUAUUAAACAUAUUGAUUUAUAUUUUUUAUAGAAAUCACUCCUAAUGUGAAUAUUAAAUUGUCAUGUUGAUCUUUACAAAUUCUUAAGAAUAUGCAUUAUGUAUAUGUGAUUGUUACUUUUUUGUAUAAUGUCUUUCAAAAUCAAAAUCUAUUGUUCUAGUCUCCCUAUCUGUAUGCCACACCUGGGAUUGCGUAAUUAGAUACUGUAUGGAUACAUACCAAUAUUACAACUGUGAUUGUACCUAUGUCACACCUGGGAUUUUGUAGUUAGGUACUUUAGAAGUAUGCACCUUGGUUAUAAGGUGAAUUGAUGCGGGUGAGGGAUGAUUAUAGAGACUUUAUAAUAAUAUGCUUUUUUUGUAGAUGAACAUUAUACAUGUAUGUGGUUAUUUUUUAUGUUACAAUAUACACGUGGUGAAAUUCAUUAACCAAAUGUAUCUUUAUACAGGUUUAUUUUUUAAAUUCUAUUUGAUCUUUAUUUCGUUACAGCUGUCAUCGUUAUUAUUUACUAAGAGAGGUUUUAGGAUGAUAUAAUGUACAAAUAUGUGCGUAAUUCUGAACUGUAUUUUACUUCUUGUAUUGACAUUAGAGGGUAAAUUAAAACCCUAUAGCUAUGUUUAUAAUGUACCCUAGAGGUGUGUAUUUUAAGGCACUCUUAGUGCAUUAAUGAAAUGUUAUUGACAGAUUGGAUGAAUUGAUGACCCAAGCUACAUGUCAUACAAAACAAUAACAGGAAACUUAAUUGGCGUGGGUUUUAUUUAGAGCUAUGUUUGCAGUGCGAAAACCGCCAAAAUACCUUUACAAAUUCCAUCUAAUAAUACAUAUCUAUGAUAGGGUUGAUUCAGGUCAGCUGAGAACUCAUUCUCACUUUCUUGGUUUUAGAGUUAGAAUUAUAUGACACCUUCAAUCUGAUACCAAGUUACCAGAUUUUAUUUUCAUGAGAUUCUUUUCCUGAAUGUUAUUCAAUAAAAGUGAUAUUAUUGUGUACUUCUUUUCAACUUUUCACUUAUUAAGUCCUCACUAAUAUUAUGAAAUACUCACUAAUAUUAUGAAGUCCUCACUAAUGUUAUGAAAUCCUCACUAAUAUUAUGAAGUCCUCACUAAUAUUAUGAAGUCCUCACUAAUGUUAUGAAGUCCUCACUAAUAUUAUGAAGUCCUCACUAAUAUUAUGAAGUCCUCACUAAUAUUAUGAAGUCCUCACUAAUGUUAUGAAAUCCUCACUAAUAUUAUGAAGUCCUCACUAAUAUUAUGAAGUCCUCACUAAUAUUAUGAAAUCCUCACUAAUGUUAUGAAGUCCUCACUAAUGUUAUGAAAUCCUCACUAAUGUUAUGAAGUCCUCACUAACGUUAUGAAGUCCUCACAAAUGUUAGAAAUCCUCACUAAUAUUAUGAAGUUCUCACUAACGCCAUGAGGUCCUCGCCAAUAUUACUAAGACCAAUAGUUUAGGGUGGAUAAUUCUCUACCACAACAUCACAAUGUGAUUUUAUAUUGCAGCUAUUUUUCUUUCUUCUUUCUUACAGAAUUAUACAGUUGUCACCUGGUAUCUAUCUUGACAUAAACACUUUAAUUUGUUUUUUUUAUGAUAUAGUAUAGUCAUGUCAGUCAUAAUCUGAAAAACAAAAUCAAAAUUAAUUGAUGAUAAACCGAACUGAUUGGUAUAUAAUGUGCUGUGUCUUUCAUUAUAAUGAGCCAUGAUACAUCAUUGGUGAUAUGUUUGAUAAGCUAGACGACUGUGACAAACAAUCGUAAGUUGUAAAUAACCUGUGAACUGUCCAUAAUGGUGUGUAUUAGCUAAACUUUGUGUUUCAUUAAUGUCAUCGCUACAUCUAACAAGCAGUCAUUGCUUUAUGUACAGAUGUCUAUAUUAAGUAAUGGGUAUAUAGAUGUUUACUUGUUAAUAUGCAUACCAAAAUACAGUGAAAGGUUUACAGUUACAUGACUUCCAUUUCAGUAAUAUUUACAUCGUAAACAAUAUCCCUAUUCCUGCUGGCAGGUAUCGUCUAAGGGUCUGGGAACUGAACCUCGAAAAGUCCCAUCGUAGUGCCUAAAUUAUUACUUUUAUUCUUAAAAAUACGAUAACCUUUCUUAAAUCUGAACUUUAAAAAUAUAUAUGUGUGUGUAUUUGUAUUUAUAGAUACUUCUCAAAAAUGCUGUUUCUUCAGAUAUCAUAGAGUUACUAGAUUCCGGAACACCUGAUCUCCAUGGAAAUCUUUAUAUCUUUUGUUCACGUUUUAGUCUCGUUUUAUCGAUUCUGAUAUAGAAUCAUGGUUUCGGUGUUAUAUCUGUAUUUUCUGUUAUUUAUGUAAAUUAACAUUUCAGGAUCCUGGGUCAUAUUAGUGAUUGUUCUUAUACGGUCGGGAGUUUAGUUCAUAAUGUUUUAUAGUAACACUUAUCAUAGAAAUGAGUACAGAAUGUUUAUUUCUGAAAACAGCAAGGCUACUUUGGCGUUGAUAGUAUUAAAGACAUGUGUGACCAGUAGUGGUUGUAUACAUUUCUAGACUCUAUACUUGGCUUCAUUUACAUGCUAUAAAUGUACCCGAGGUCGUUUCGAUAUUUUCAUCCAUAACCUGCGCAUAUUGAGCCAGUUGUUAUUUGGUAGUAUGCAUAUCUGGUGUAGGGAUUAUAUUACUUAAAUAAAACGUUAAUUCUGUAAAUGCUGCAUUUCGUUACGGUUAUUACAAAAAAUAAUUUAUCUAAAAAAAGUAAAUCAUCUGUUUAUUGUCUGAAUUGAAUGGAAAUCAAGUUGUCUUGCUCAAUGUAAACUGUCAUUAUCCUGAUAUGGAUGCUGUCUAAAGCACUGACUCACUAAAGUGGUUCAUCUUACUGUUAUUGAUAUAAUAUAUUAUAGUUAAUGUCAUGUCUCUUGUCAUUGACGAUAUCUAUUCCGUCCUUUGGUUGAUGAAAACUACUCGGGGUUUUCCGAGAGCUUCGUGAUAUAUGAAAUACAUGAUUACUUGUUUUCUUUUAUUUAUUUGAGAAAAUUUACACAUAAAUUUCAAAAAAUUACAUAUAAAUUCCGGUAGGCCUUAUAAUCAUUAUAUGCUCUUCCCAAUUUUUUUUUUUUGAAGUAAAUUGCUUUUUAUUUAUAACAUAUCCAUUACUUUCAUAUUUGAAAAAUCUAAAUGACUGACAACCAACAAUGAUAAAACCUACACUGAUUGGAUAUUUGUUUACCAAAAUAUAAUGGUAUGAUAAGUUGAUAAUGUUGUUCUAAUAUAUAUUUACUGUGUGCAAUGAUCUAAAUCGUUAAUGAAAUUAAAUACUUUAUUCCUUAU